ACUAGGGUUAGUUGCUGGGUGGUGUGGCUUGGUGGGCUGGAAGUAUCCCUGAAUAAAUAAUACUUCUCUUUCUGCCCAGGAGGUGGACAUCGGAAUGGCAGCUGAUGUGGGAACAUUGCAGCGACUGCCCAAAGUUAUCGGAAAUGCCAGCCUGGUGAGUGAACUCGUUUACACGGCGAGGAAGAUGAUGGCCGACGAAGCGAUGCGCUGUGGACUGGUGAGCCGAGUCUUCCAGGACAAGGAAAACAUGUUGGAUGGUGCCUUUGACUUGGCUUCCGAGAUCGCCAGCAAGAGCCCGUUGGCAGUGCAGGGAACGAAGCUGAACAUGAUCUACUCCCGGGAUCACUCAGUCAAGGAGGGCCUGGAUUACAUUGCUACGUGGAACAUGUCGAUGCUUCAGACUGAGGAUCUUGUGAAGUCUGCUCAAGCUGCAAUGGAGAAAAAGUCUCCCAGAGAUAUAACUUACUCCAAACUCUGAUGGAACCAAGUCUCCGAAUAUAUCCAGUUGCGUCCCCUCUCCCCUCUGAAUCCUGCACUAUAAUCUUACUAAUUUUAUUAAUUUUAUUUUAAAAAAAGAACGAAUUGUUUACAAAAAACUAUUGUAAUUACAUAUUAUUUUGCCUCACU